AUUUAGGCCAGGACGCCGAGCCGAGUUUGACGUGCCGAAACUUGUGACGACUCUCGACUUCCACCAGGUCCUGAUCUGCGAUACAUUUUUACAGUAAUAAUUAUGGCCAUCGAAACAAAGUUCGUGGAGCGGCGCGGACGCUACUUCGGCGCUUCUACCCAAGAAUUUCAAGAAAUAGCCAACAACGACUAUUUCGUCCACAUAGACACGUUUUACUACUACUUCUCAAGAUGCCGAUGCAGUCCCUAUCCUCUCAUAAAGCGUAUGAUCGGAAACAGCGACAACAUCGCGCUUGGCAUUGUCACGAAUUUCGGAAGCAUGGGCGUCUGCAACAAUUUGCCCGAGCCAGUGCAAAUCAACAGGAACAGGCGUUUCCCCUACGAUGGCAAAUACAUCAACCUGUCCAGAGGGCAUAUCCACGAGCAGAUGAAGCUGCUCACCAGGAUUCUCGAGGAACAGCUGAGGCGGCGCAACAAUCUCAGGAGCGUAUGGAUGGCUUCCGAGUCGGCUUGCCAGCUGACUUUGGGAAGCAAGCAGGAGAUCGAGGAGAGGAAUAGCGCGAGACUGUGCGAGAUAAAGAAAAACCUCGUGCAUCAAAGAGCAUCCAUCGAGACGGUGAUGCGAAACAUCAAGUCUGCUCUGGGCGCUGCUCGGGACAGGAGGUAUCUAAGCUAUAAGGACAUUUGUACCCGCGAAUCGUUCGAGCAGCAGCUCGGACUGACUUGGGUUCACGCAGAACAGAUCAUCGAGUAUGUUGACCGUGGUUAUUAUUGAAAUCCUUUUAUUUUCAUCAGACUUUUGUGUACUCUUAUCGUAUGCAAUGUAUUGCGUCCUGUUCCUGUGUCGAGAGAUUUUUUACGCCGCGAUUAACGAGUUUUUUAACGUCGUUAAAUCAUUUAUUGAGGAAUGAUUUUUGCCGACUAAAGUUUUCUACCUACCAAUAUUCUGCACCUCGUCGUCAAUGGCUGUGAUCGAAGUUUUUUUAUGUAUACACAAUCUGCUUCAAUUACUCUACGUAUUAUACAACAAAUGACGAUGCAGAUUAGCGAAUUUUUUACAUGUCGGCUCUAUAGAAAGAAUCUUAAUAAAUGCAUUGCAUUGUUAUCCAUGUUCCCGCAACCUA